GCGCAGGCGCAGCCGGCCGAGAGUCCCACCAGCGGUCCCGGAGCCUGAGGUUGCGCCCGAGGCUCUGCCCCCGCUGCCACCGCUCACGAUGGGCCCGGGUCCCCGGCUGCUGCUACCUCUCGUGCUUUGCGUGGGGCUCAGCGUUCUCGGACCUUCUGCGGGAGCGUCAGGCGUCCGCAAGCGAGGCCCUUCGGUGACGGCCAAGGUCUUCUUUGAUGUGAGGAUUGGAGAUAAAGAUGUUGGCAGAAUUGUGAUUGGCCUCUUUGGAAAAGUUGUGCCCAAGACUGUGGAAAAUUUUGUCGCUCUGGCAACAGGAGAGAAAGGAUAUGGAUAUAGAGGAAGCAAAUUUCAUCGCGUCAUCAAAGAUUUCAUGAUUCAAGGAGGAGACUUCACCAGUGGAGACGGCCCUGGCGGUAUAAGCAUUUAUGGUGAGACAUUUCCAGAUGAGAACUUCAAACUGAAGCAUUAUGGCAUUGGGUGGGUCAGCAUGGCCAAUGCUGGGCCUGACACCAACGGCUCUCAGUUCUUUAUCACCUUGACCAAGCCCACCUGGUUGGACGGCAAACAUGUGGUAUUUGGAAAAGUCAUUGAUGGAAUGACAGUGGUCCACUCCAUAGAACUUCAGGCAACUGAUGGGCGUGACCGUCCACUCACUGACUGCUCCAUCAUCAACAGUGGCAAGAUAGAUGUGAAAACACCCUUUGUGGUAGAGGUCGCUGACUGGUGAUACAAUUGGCAGAAAACAGAGAAGAACACACCCUGCCAGGGGUGUGUGUGUGUGUGUGUGUGUGUGUGUGUGUGUGUGUGUGUGUGUGUGUGUGUGUGUGUGUGUGUGUGUGUGUGUGUGUGUGUGUGUGUGUGUGUGUGUGUGUGUGUGUGUGUGUGUGUGUGUGUGUGUGUGUGUGUGUGUGUGUGUGUGUGUUGAUUCUUAAAAGUUACUGUUUUACUUUGUUUUUUAACUUUAUUCUGUUUUCUACCCCGGAUCACAUGAAGGUUAUAGAAAGCAACCACUCAAAGUUUAGUUAGCAUGAAUUUUGGUAAAUCACUUGUUUAGGGACUUUGCACUUAAAAGACAUAUCCCUUUCCUCCAAUGGUGCUGUUUUUAAACUAGAACACUUUGUAUUGGCUAUUUUCUUUUGAAGAACACAAUCAUUUCUUUGCUGAAUUAAUUGUGACCCCCAAAUUGAGUGAUGCUGAAGAUUUGUCUGAAAAAAGAUGGGAACAAGAAGUUUAUUACUUUGUAUUCAAACAGAAAUUCUUUUCAGGUAGAGGGAGAUUUGAUUAGUAUUAUCUGAUAUAUGUCACGGGGACUUUUACCUGAUGAAAGGUGCUUUGGUAUUCUCUAUAUUAAAUACUUUUUAUGUAGAUCAA